UUUUUUUUUUUUUUUUUUGGAAUCAUUACAUAAAAACAUUUUGCAACUGCUAAAGCUUUCCAUUAUUUAUGUUGCACUAUGACACUCGUUAGUUCCUCCAUGAAAGGCUUUUUCAUGAACGCAUAAUUUUUGGUUGAAUCUUCUCUUAGGAUGCAAUUUUUUAAGAAUUGAAGUUGCUAAUAACAGGUUUCAUCUUUCGUGUUCAGUGCUUAGAGAAACAAUCUAAGGACGUGACAAUGAAUUCUCAUCUAGAAGAAAAAAUCAAUAACUGGAGAAGUAAUCAGUUAUUGCUAAAGGAGAGAAUAGUAUUCACUUCGAAAUUCAAGGAUGUUGAUUCUAUAAGAUACAUAGCCGGGUUGGAUAUAUCUUUCGACAAGACAAGCCCGAAGGCUGUUUCGGCUAUUGUCAUUUACGAUCUUCAAAAUGCUCAGGUUAUAUACAAAGAUUACUUAGUUAUUGAUAACCUCAGAGAAGAUUAUGUCCCUGGCUUUCUGUCGUUUCGUGAGAUUGAAUAUUAUUUACCUUUACUAAAAAGGAUUCCCCCUAGUUAUUGCUUUGACCUCAUAAUGGUUGAUGGAAACGGUAUUUUGCACCCAAUACAAUUCGGCUUGGCAUGUCAUUUAGGUGUUUUAACCAACUCACCUACUAUGGGUGUAGCGAAAAAUUAUUUCCAUUGUUUUGGACUAAAUGAAUCUUUAGACGACCAUAGACAACAUCUUUCAAACUACAUCUCGACUAACACCAGCAAACCCCCUUUAUUCUUGUAUUCUAUCGGUGAACCAUCCAUUGUCCUAGGAGCUGCAGUUUGGACAAGAAAGGAAUCCAAACGACCUAUAUAUGUAAGCAUAGGAAAUCAGAUAAGUUUGGAUAUCGCAAUUCAAUUGGUGUUUCGAACCAGCGGCGUCGUCAGCAAAAUUCCAGAACCGAUCCGGCAAGCUGAUAUAUUUGCAAAAUUUGUGAUUCAUGAGCAAGCUUGUAGCAAAAAGGAGUAAACGUUCAUACACACUAUAAUGGCGUACUAUUGUUAGUCUAUGUUGCAAUAAUGAAAUGAUUUGAACUAUAUAAAAGGU